AUGCAAGGAAACAUCAAUGGUCUUAAAACUUUGAUUUUGAAAGAUAAUCCUUCGGCUCAUCGCAUACAUUGUUUUGCUCAUCAGUUGCAAUUGACUCUUGUAGCUGUUGCAAAGAAACACCAUGAUGUAAAUAAUUUUUUUGACAUUCUUGCUAAUGUUUUGAAUUUUGUUGGAGGUUCUUAUAAGCGUAGGGGGAUGCUUAGAGAUGAUCAAGCUAAAAAAUUAAAUGAGUUAUUAGUGCUUGGUGAAGUUCAUACAGGAAGUGGAUUAAAUCAAGAACUUGGGCUUCAAAGACCAGAUAAUACCCGUUGGGAAUCUCACUUUAAGACAUUACAAGAUGUCUCUUCGUUUUGUGAUAAGAAUGGUAUUGUAAUCCCAAAAAUGGAUGAGAAGUAUGCACUUGGAAAGUCGAAGCGUAAAAGCUUAACUGUUACAUAUUCUCAUCAUUUUUUGAGUCCUGAUGAUUCUUUUGUGAAUUAUGAUAAAAACAAGAUUAUGAAACUUGCUACAUAUUAUCCAAAUGAGUUCACUGCUUCUAAGCUUGAAGAUCUUAGUUAUGAGCUUGACAACUAUAUUGACUAUGUGCGAGAAAUGGACAAGGCAUUCUCUAACUUGAAAGGGCUUGGUGAUCUGUCGAAGACAUUGGUUAAAACAAAUAUUCACAAGACAUGGGAACUUGUUUAUUUGCUUGUCAAGCUGAGUUUGAUAUUACCUGUGGCUACUGCAACGGUUGAAAGAGCUUUUUCUUCAAUGAAGUUUAUUAAAAAUGAUUUGCGAAACAGGAUUGGUGAUGACUUUUUGAAUGAUUGUUUAGUUUGUUUUAUAGAGGAUGAAAUAUUUGAAAGUGUAUCUAAUGAUGCGAUCAUUGAUCGUUUUCAAAACAUGACAACUCGUCGAGUGCAAUUGAAAUGGUAA